CACGAUUAUUUCCAUCUUUGGGUUCGGAGCCACAAGCACCCCGUGUGUCACUGCCAACCUUACCCGCAUCCGGCAUCACUGACACACGUACAUAGCACGGAUACAUACACAUGUCCUACGCAGAGCCUCUUUAAUGUGGUAUUAUUUGAGUGGCGUGAAUGCUAUGAUUAUUAGUGUCAAGCUUUCUCUCUCGAUGACAGCUGUCGUGACCCGUCUCAAGUCUCACGAAUCAAAACGAUAUCUAGUUCGCUUGAAUUAUCGUGUUAUGACAUUCUUUAUAAUGGUCUUGUUACAGGUCGGUUAUGUUCGACGAUUUAAACCUUUGGUCGCCUAAUACUUACCUUAGGAAUUGAAAAAGCAAUGAUAUCACCUUAGCCCCUGAC